UGCCCUCAAAAAAACCCCCCAAAAUCAAAAACCCCCAACCAACUUUCCAAAGGAAACAUUCAGCACUGUCAGGAAAGGAGACAUGCCAGCUUCUUGCCACCUACAGGCAAAACACUAAAAUUCCCAUGAUCCAGCAGCUAACUACUUCUCAAACUCUAGUGUUUGGACAAUGAAUUGCCCCAUAACUGCCAUCAAAUGCAAACAGCACUGAGAUUCUGACACUGUGCAACUUAUGGAAUAUUUUGUAAGUUUAUUUUAAAGCGGAAGCAUUCAUUUUUUAAAAGGUCAGUCCUUCUGCCAAGGAUUUGUUUGGAUGAUCUUUCAUGUAGAAUAGCUGGAAGGCUUUUUUUUUUUUUCUUAGUUUCAUGCCAUGUUUCUGCUAAUUACUGUUGAUUAGCAAGCAGCUUGGCAAUUAACCCUGACAGGUUAGUCAUCAGUUUGAUAGCACUGCAUGUCAUCCAAAAGGUAGGGGGAAUUUAUUGUUAAUUUCAGACAAUUAGCAACAGGCUGGCAGAGCUCACAACAGCCUAAAAAGCUCAAUUUUCCAGAACAGCUGAGAUAAAUUACUGAAUCAAUUAAAACACAUCAGUGGAUGUCUGCAAGCAUACUUAAAGCCAGCAAACAAGACACUGAAAAAUAGUGGGAGGGGGAAGACUAGCAGGGGUUUUUUUGGUGUUGUUUGGUGGUAUUCUUUUCAAGCUGUUGGUGUUUAUUCUGCUCUUCCAUUAACAUUAGUAAAAUAUAACUAAAAGCUAGUGCUGACUUAAAAUAAUCUGAUAAAGAAUAGGAUCUAAAAUGACUUUCCUUCCAAAGUGGUUAACUUUUCUAAAAGGCAAAGAGGUUGUUAUUGCCAAUGCAAUAAUUGCGAUAUUGACAAUUGGAGGGCAGCAACUUUUCUCUUUUUUCACAUUCAGCUGUCCCUGUCAUGUUGGACAGAACCUUAUCUAUGGGCUGGCUUUCCUAGGAGUGCCUGCACUGGUCCUUCUGAUUGUUGGCUAUGCCCUGAACAACCAGACUUGGAGGCUGGUGAUGGGCAAAAGGUCUCAUUUUGGGAGGGUGACUUCAUCACACUGGUUGCUGAAAUGUAAACUGGUCUGCUUUGUUUUGUGCAGCAUCACUGGGAGGGCACUGGUUGCUCCAGUCACAUGGCUUGCAGUCACCCUGAUAAAUGGCUCAUAUUAUAUCUGUGCUGUGAGCGAGUAUGUCCCUGUGUCUUACUAUGGAGCUGCUCCUAAUGUCUCUGCUACUGAGCGCAGUAGGAUAUUGGCUAUGUUUCCCUGCAGUCACCUGGUUCCUCCAGAGCUGAUCCGGGCACGAGAUGAAGUGAUUCUGCUCCUCAGAUACCAGUCACAAGUUGCUGGCUGGCUUCUGAUUGCUGUGGUAGUCAUCACUGUGUUCCUUUCUUACUGCCUGGCAAGCUGCUUCUCCCCACUCAGCUUUCUACAUUUCAGAUACUGGAGCAGCUAUGUCCACAAUGAGCAGGAGCUCUUUGAUGAGGCAACAGACCAGCACUCCAGGCUCUAUGCCAUGCAGAAUGUAAGGAAGUUCUUUGGCUUUUUCCCAGGAAGUGAGAAUGUCAAGGAAAUUCGUAUCCCCUCUCUCAAGGAGUGGCAGGCCAUUUCUGGCCUGGCCUUUCUGAAACGAGUGGAUGAGGAGCACUAUGAUUACAGCCUCCUCCAUGACUGGGCACUCAAGGAGCGUGCAAGUGGAAAGUAUCUGAGGAUUGAUGAAGACCCUGGGAUCAUAACACAGCUCUGAAGAUCCAAGCUCCCAUAAUACUUUGCAAAAAAGCAGGAACCUGUCCAGCUCUAUAUCAGACCUCAGCCAGAACUUUCUGAUAUAGUAUUACAUUAAUGUAUAAAUUAUGUGAGCAAGUGCAUCUUGUUAAUGUAGUCCUCUAGCACCUGCUUAUAGAUGCUUUUACUGAUGGUUUUUUGACUCCUGUGGAUCUAUGCCUAGAUUAGGGUGGGAUAUUUCAAGCUUCAGCUCUCUGCUUUCUAAUAGUUAUGCUGAAAGGAUAAGUAUGUACUGAUAAAGUUAUUUACAAAAGUGGGUUUUUUUUAUUUCCAUUAUAAGGAUCUGUAAGAGGUAGACCUUGAUUGGAUCCUAUGAAUUGGUCCAUUCUGUAUAGAGCAAGGGCAGCUAUCCAGCUUUUCCUUAGUUGACACCUAGCAGAAAUGGCUUAUUUUUUCCUCACCCACUAAUUUUUUGGUACUAUAUAAGUAAUCUACACUGAGUUAACAACUAGUUAAGUCUGGGGCUACAGUAGCGUGUAGGAAACAUGGGGAAAUUUUACCAUCAAAGGCUGAGUUUAGAUACAAUGAUGAGAGAACUUUCAAUACUGAUAAUUCUGAUAAGGAGAUAAAAUCCCCACUGAGGCACACGAUGGAGGUGUGUAACACAUAGCAGCUGUAUGAACACUUGACAUAUGGCAAACUAAUUUGAAAUGUGUUCUGGCUGAAAGCAGAAAAACAUAGCAAGGUCAGUCUCCUAUUUGGAAAUACUUCAAAAUCUCCAAUGUGUUUGUGUGUUUGCCUACUGUACAAAUAGCAAAUGAGGAUGGGAAAAAUCUCAGUCUAUGCUUUGCCUCUGUAAACUUGUAACUUUAUACACAUACUGGGCCCAUGAAUAUUACUGUGAUUAAAAACUACUGAAUUUUGUGAAAGAAGACUUAAUGAUGUUUUUCUGUUAAGCCAGUUUGGUAUGAUAUUACUCAUCUCCUCUUCUAACCCUCUGUGCAGAUGUUUCUAACUCUAAGGGGAGGGAAAUGCAUGCCAUAAUUUUUUUAAUGCUUCCUGCAUUGCCUUGCCAUGUACAAGUGGGCUCCAAAGCUAUAUACUAUACUAUAGGAUGCUAUCUACUACUAAUAAAUGAUCCCAGGGGCUUGAAGUGGAAAAAUCUAAUUAUUUAGUACAUUUUACUGGAAAAUUCAGGAGUUUGUACUCCUGUAGUGCCCCUGCCACCAAAAUCUGGCCAUGCAAACCUAAUGAAAGGUAAUGGAACUAAACUGUUUAUGUGAACUCCUUAGGAAACAAAGUACCUCUGGUAGUAAACACAGCUUUGGAUUUAAUUUUUAAAAUAUUUGUUUUUUUAAUUUAAGAUGGAACACUAUAAUCUAGAACACAUGCAACAUCUAUCUGAAGAUUUUGACAGAAAACCCCAAUGCUGAUGUCUGAAUCCAAAUGACAAAAACCUGCUGUCUUCAGUCCAUGUGAAUUCUUUCUGUGUCUAUUGUUUUACAGUACUACUAUAAAAUGAUGCAAUAUUUGCAGGUAGGAGUAAGCUCUAAAAUUCUUUUUAUUUCUUGCUCACCUAAUUUUUAAAUUAGGGUUUAUGGUUUCUGAUUUUGUCCUGAUUACUCUUUUUCUGUAUUUUUCAUAAUAGUGUGUAACUUAAAAUACUGAGUGGAAAUGCUAUCUGUCACUGUGAAGUCAGCCUGUCAAUAUACUAACAGGCUCUCACCUUGUUAGCAUAUAUUAAUCCAUAGUACUACAGCUGCAGGGUUUUAAUUGAUU